AUGGCAGAAACUAGUAGUGAUAUUUCUCGAAGUUUAGGACUUCCUUCAACAACUGGCAAGCAAUGCGUCUUCAAAUAUACCAGUGUUAGGACUAAUACAACAGUGAGAGCCACUGGUCGUUUGACGACAUUAGAACAACUCAGAGAAGAUUUUUCAGCUGAUAAUAUUCAAGUAUGCCCAGAGAACAAUGUCGAGUAUUAUAAAAAAAAUUCUGAAGGAGGUCCUCGGUUCUUUGCGUGCCAAUCUAAUGAGUCACCAACAAAAGUAUAUUAUUGGGACAAUGGAAAUUGGUAUGGAUAUCGUAGUUUGCAGUCUGUGGAAUUUUACGAUAUGCAGACCGUCCAUGAUACAGAAAAUAUUGCACAGAUUCCAUACCAACCGAUUGACAGUAGAUCUUAUUAA